GGGGCACUGUGAGCUCAAGGGAGAGGGGCUGACCCCAGCAGUCACGGAACCUUCCACUGCCACUCUCGAGCUACCAUGGCAGAGAGAAUUUCUCCACGGAUGCUGACGGUGCUUCCGACACCCGACGCGCAUUUUCCCGGAUCCUUUGUGCCUCCACCAGCCACUGCUGCAGUGCAGCCCACCAUCGGCGGAGCAGUGCCUGUGAUGAUUCAACCCCUCCCUGUCUCCAGUGUCAUCAACACGGUGCCUCAGGCCUCUGUCUGCCCUGGGGUACCAGGUGUCCCGGGACAGGGAGUGCAGCUCCCACCUGGGGGGCUUCCUCUAAUGGUGGUUCAGCUCCCACCUGGGGGGAAGCCCCCAGCGGCGGGUCAGCUGCCACCUGGGGGAAUGCCUCCAAAUGUGGGUCAGCUGCCACCUGCGGGGGUGCCCCCCAUUGUGAUCCAGCUCACACCUGAGGGUCUGCCCACUGUUGUGGGUCAGCUCCCACCUGGAGGGCAGCAGUUACCCCUGCUCAUGCUCCUACCUGGCGGGAUGAAGCCAGGUAUGCCUCCCCCCAAUGCCCCUGCUCACUGCUACCAGGAGAUAGCAGGGACGCUGCAGCCCCAGCAGCAGAUGGGGCUGAGGUCUGGGGCUGUAUUGCGUGGGAAGCCCCCACAGCCCGCAGGCAGCUGCCUGCUGCAGGCCCCCAGCCACCCCGGCCCCUCAACAGUCUUCCAAGGACAACCAGU